GCCACUCCUUGGAAACCCUAUGGGGCAAUUCUGCUCUGUUCUGUAGGGUCACUGUGAGUCGGAAUCAACUCUACAGCAGAGAGUUUGGUUUUAGGUUUUAGUGGCUACCAUACUGGAAAGUGCAGAUAUAGAACUCUUGCGUCAUUACAGAAAGUUUUAUUGGACAGCUCUACUUUAGAGUGUUGACCUCAUCUGCAAGGUAUAAUCUGGCUCACUAGCAUCAUGUCCAUGUUCUAGCCCAUGAGAAAUAAGAAACAGAAAGUUAAGCUCAGAGAGCUUCCUUUCUAGGAAUUGACCAGGGAGUUGCAAACAUCAUUUCCUCUUACAGCCCAUUGGCCAGAACUUAGUUACAGGGCCACACCUAGAAUAUGUAGCUCUUGCUGGGUGUUCAUAUACCCAGAUAAUACUUGUGGAGAGGUGGUCUAUACCCAUAUAAUGCUUGUGUAGAGGGGGUCUUUUACUAAAAGCAGAAAAGGAGUGUGGAUAUUGGGGGACAAUUAAUGUCUUGCACAUACAUAAUUCUAGAUUUUCGUUGUUCUUAUGACUAGCAACAUAAAAGAAGAAGUCCCUCUUUCCUGGUUCUGGAAAUAAUCUUGUUAACCUAGUUUGGGUCAUGUGUCCAUUCCUGAACCAGCCACUGUCACUAAGGAAAUUGAUGUAUUGUUCAGGCCUAGGUCAUGUCUUUCCACCCCAUGUGAGAGGUAGACUAGGAGAGGUCAUCCUCACCUGAGCCUCAUGGAAUAGUUUCCCAAAGAGAGAGGGUUUUUGUUGCCAAAAAGGUGGGGUGUGGGAGUGAGAAAGGAAGGAGUGUUGGACAUUCUUAUAACCCCAAUAACUAGUAUUUUAAUGAGUGCUUACUAUGUGGCAGGGUUGUUGUAAUGCUUUAUAUACAGUCUCCUUUAAUACAACAAUUCUAAUAGAUAGAGUUUUUCACCGUUUUAUGGUUGAAAACAGUCAAGGCAAGAAAUAAAUAACCUGCUCCAGUUCAUAGUAAAUGAUGGAAAUGUCAUAUAUGGGCAUUUUUACAUCAAAAUCUGCUGUCUCUACCUUCCAUAUUCCACUGCUUCCCUACUAUUCUUUUAUGGCCACCCUAGUAAUUGCUCAAGAAAUAUGUUCUGUAUAAAUUUUAGAGCACAUUAGCUCAUUCCAUCUUGCCCCUAGGUUCUGUUUACAGAUCUACAUGAAUGACAUCUUACUCUUGUUUAUGCGUAGUGACUUAUCCCUAGGUCACUACAAAUAAGUAGUAGUAGUAGUUCUGGAACGCUCAGGAGUUGGUUAGAAUACCAGGUUAUAAGACUUCUUCCCAAGAUGACUUUAUCCAAGGGUUAAUGUUGUUCUGUUAUUGUACAUAUUGUUGUUUCUCUAACCCCCAUCUUGGAGAAGUUCAUAUGAAUGGUCGGGAGAUGGCCUCCAUAGAUUAUGAGUAAAUCAGUGUACUAUUUACCAGUUCUGGAACAUCAGAUCAGAGGUCUUGUAGAUGACCUGUUUCAUCAUAGUAAGUGCUAAAAAUGUGAAGCAAGAAUGUUCUAGAUCCUGCUGUCUCCCUUAAUUCAUGCUAUCAGGUAAAGAUGACAUGUAAGCUGAAUCUCUGAGAACCUCAUAGAAAAGGGACAGGAUAAUACUUUCUUUUGAGGGGGGUCAAAUGAGAUAAUGUAUGUGAAAACAUUUUGUGAACUGUCAGGAUAUCUGCAGAUACUAGUUGUUAAAACUGAAGCAUGAAGAAAAAUGGAGAGCUUUGUGAAAAUGGGGUUACUGACUAGUAAGAUGUUUGGCUAUUUUUUAUACAAUUCAACCACCUGUAAUUUAGAAACACUUCACUUUUUCAUUUUCAUUUAAUUUGAUUAUUUUAUUCAUUUAUAGAUUGCCAGUAAAGCUUUUCAGCUGUAAUUGUGCACGUGGAUUAAUUUAUUUUAGGUGGAGAUAAUCUGUUUCUCUGGAUGGAAUUAGACAUUUUUAUUGUAGCAGACUGAAAAUUUUUAAGUGAAGUUUUCUUUCUUUACUGAUUGAUUGCUCAGGUUGUUACUUUCCAUAUGUGAAAGAACUUCGUGAUCUAUUUUGGUUAAAUUAAUUGCAAAUUAUACUUCUUUUUAAUUCUGCUAAUAGUAUAGGACUUUUUUCACUAUUAAUAUUAGAUUAUUAAAUAUAUUGAAUUUUAACUGAAUUACUCUUCUUUCUCUUACUGUUUGGCUUCCACUUUUACAACGUUUGUUUUAAGCAGAAACCCAAAAUGAUAUAUGAUAUUUGUAGAACUAGAACUAGAACCAAAUUCAAACUAUUCACUUUGGAAUACUGCCUUAUAUAAUAAAGAUUAUUUUUUCUCAAUACUAAAUUAUGUUAUUAAAUUUUUGUUAAUAAAAUCUGAGAUAAAUUGUCCAUCAUUCCUCAUCCGUUUAUUCCUUACCAAACACUCAUCAAGCUAUUGCUGUGAGCUUUGCUAGGCAGUGGGUACCUGAAGGUAUAUAAAGAGUACAUGGUGACAUUAAAGAGCUAAAAAUACUAGUGAUAGAGACAGGCUUGUAAAACAGGUAUGCACCACUCCUCACUUAUCAACCUGGUUAUAUUCCAAAGACCAGGUAGGUCAUUGUGCAAAAAUUGACCUUAGGUGAAAAUGAAGGAUUUGUUUUUCUGUUUUCAGACUUUCCAUUUGCCUGAUUUUUUUUGAAAAUAUGAUCAUAGAACUAAUAACAGCUAAGAUUUACUGAUAUGCUCAUCACUGUGAUAAGUGCAAUAAUUGAUUAUCUCUCUGUGGAGAAGGAGGCUUGGAGGAGAUAAAAAUAAAAUUGGAUAAAGCCAGACUGUGUGAUGUGGCUUAACCAUUUCAUCUUCCUCCUGUGCUGGGUCAGAGCCUCCCUUGAGGAGCCGCCUCCAGGGCUCCACUCCCCCCGCCCCUGCAAGCCCUUCAUUCACAGUCCUGGAGCCUGCUCUGCCAUCUAGGCUGCCUGCAGGCCAAGAUCUGCUUGGAGGCCAUGGUCAUGGAGGAGGCUGGACCCGCUGCCCCCACUGGCAGAAGGGAGUGGAGGGCUCAGGGCAGUGCCGCCUAGCUUCCUGGAAGCUGCCCAGGGACCUUCCUCAAGGGAGGGGCCUCUCCACAGCCCUUGCUGCCAUGCCUGCUGCCUCGUUAAUGCACAAAAUAAUCGGGUAGUAGAUUUUUUUUACCAUCAUGAUAAAUGUGAAAUGUCGGAUAACAAGAUAGUUGAUAAGUUUGGAGUAUGUGUAUUACAGUGUGGUUAAUGUAUUAAAAAAAGUACUUUGGAAGGAGCAUUAUCCACACAUACAACAUAAAAGUCUGCAUGGAGAAGAAGACCACAAACUAUGGGUAACAUAGUCCCAGGAAAAUAAAUAUUUCAGACAGAUUUUUAAAGGCUGGGUUUGUGAACAUCUUGAUGAGGCUACAAAGACCAUACAUAGAGCCUCUCUUAUAAAAAUACGAGUUAAUAAAGGCACUUUUCACUUUUACAUCCCAGUGUGCAUGAGAAAUAAAGUGAGUUGCGUUUUCCUCUACAUGAAUAGUAUUAAAGAGAUUAAAAGACAAAAAAACAAACUUGAACAUAAUUCAGAGAAGAUCUACUGGGAUAGUGAGAAGACUUCAGAAUGUGUUAUUUGUGGAAAUACUGAAUGAACUGAGAAUUAUCUGUAUCUGUAUGAAGUAGGGAAGUCUCUGGGAUAUGAUAACCAUCUUCACCUAUAAUGUGACAGUGAGCAUUUUAUGAUUCUCCUAAAGGAGUAGAGUUAUAAAUUGGAUGGACGCAAUGGGGUAAUAGCUUUGGGGACAGUGUUUGGAACUGUGUAACAGAAGUUUCUAGAGAGUUUUUUUUUUUUUUUUUCCUGAUGUUUAAGCAUAGGCUGAGGAGUUGAGAUUCUGUAAUGGAGAUUGCACAAAGGAUUAGUUGUUUGGUUUAGAUGAUGUUUUAGGAUUAGAUUCUGGUUUAAAUCUUUGGUAUUUAAGUAGAAUAUGUACAGGUUCUUAAGUUUCCCUAUAAUUUUAAAAUUUGUACUACUUUAUUAGAGUAAUAGGAAAUGUUUGUACUUUUCUUCCCCUUUCAUCUCCUUUUCUGGGAAUGAAGAAACAAACCAUAUUUCCAUGACGUCUCUUCUGUAGGAUUAGCAGAUGCUACAGGGAUUCUAGAUAAAAUGGUACCAUCAGAGGAGCAGAAAUUUUGAAGAAGAUAGAAAGAUCACGGGAUCAGAUUGACAGCAAAAUCCCAGAGGAAACUGGAACCCAAGAUACCAGAGAUUGCUUCAGGAAUCCUUGGGUGGUGCAGAUGUUAAGCACUGGGCUACUAUCUGAAAGGCUGUUGGUUGAAUCCACCUGGAGGAGCCUCAGAAAAAGACCUGGUGGUCUGCUUUUGAAAGGUCACAGCCAUUGAAAACCCUAUGGAGUGCAGUUCUACUCUGACACACAUGGGUUUGCCGUGAGUCAGAAUCGACUCAACGACAACAGGUGGAGUCUUUCAUUUUGGAUCAAGAUGAUUUGGAAAAUCCAAUGCUGGAAACUGCUUCCAAGUUGCUCUUGUCAGGAACUGCUGAUGGCGCAGACCUCAGGACAGUAGAUCCAGAAACACAGGCUCGUCUGGAGGCUUUACUAGAAGCGGCAGGAAUAGGCAAAUUAUCCACAGCUGAUGGUAAAGCCUUUGCAGACCCUGAAGUUCUUCGGAGAUUGACCUCGUCUGUUAGUUGUGCGUUGGAUGAAGCUGCUGCUGCACUUACUCGUAUGAGAGCUGAGAGCACAGCAAAUGCAGGGCAGUCGGACAACCGCAGUUUAGCAGAAGCUUGUUCAGAAGGAGAUGUAAAUGCUGUGCGCAAGUUACUCAUCGAAGGACGAAGUGUAAAUGAGCACACUGAAGAAGGGGAGAGCCUCCUUUGUUUAGCUUGUUCUGCUGGAUACUAUGAGCUUGCACAGGUUUUGUUAGCAAUGCAUGCAAAUGUGGAAGAUAGGGGAAUCAAAGGUGACAUUACACCUUUAAUGGCUGCUGCUAAUGGGGGACAUGUCAAAAUUGUGAAGUUGCUGCUAGCUCAUAAAGCCGAUGUCAAUGCACAGUCUUCAACAGGCAAUACAGCACUUACAUAUGCUUGUGCUGGAGGCUAUGUAGAUGUUGUAAAGGUGCUCUUGGAAUCCGGUGCUAGUAUUGAGGACCAUAAUGAAAAUGGUCAUACUCCUCUUAUGGAAGCUGGAAGUGCUGGACAUGUGGAAGUAGCCAGAUUGCUGCUAGAAAAUGGGGCUGGCAUUAAUACGCAUUCCAAUGAAUUUAAAGAGAGUGCACUUACAUUAGCUUGUUACAAAGGACACCUAGAGAUGGUGCGAUUUCUUUUGGCAGCAGGCGCAGAUCAAGAACAUAAAACAGAUGAAAUGCAUACAGCUCUAAUGGAGGCUUGCAUGGAUGGCCAUGUUGAAGUAGCUAGGUUACUUCUUGACAGUGGUGCCCAAGUGAACAUGCCUGCUGAUUCAUUUGAGUCACCAUUGACUUUGGCUGCAUGUGGUGGGCAUGUGGAACUUGCAGCUUUGCUUAUUGAAAGAGGAGCUAGCCUGGAAGAGGUCAAUGAUGAAGGUUACACACCAUUGAUGGAAGCAGCUCGCGAAGGACAUGAAGAGAUGGUGGCAUUACUUCUAGGCCAAGGAGCAAAUAUCAAUGCACAGACAGAAGAAACUCAAGAAACUGCCUUGACUCUGGCUUGCUGUGGAGGCUUUCUGGAAGUAGCUGACUUUCUAAUAAAGGCAGGAGCUGACAUAGAACUAGGCUGUUCUACACCUUUAAUGGAAGCUGCUCAAGAGGGUCAUUUGGAAUUAGUUAAAUACUUAUUAUCUGCAGGAGCUAAUGUUCAUGCAACCACAGCAACAGGGGAUACAGCACUAACAUAUGCCUGUGAAAAUGGUCAUACUGAUGUGGCAGAUGUCUUACUUCAGGCAGGAGCAGAUCUGGAGCAUGAAUCUGAAGGUGGAAGAACUCCUUUAAUGAAAGCUGCAAGAGCUGGUCACGUUUGUACUGUUCAGUUCUUAAUUAGCAAAGGAGCGAAUGUGAACAGAACCACAGCUAAUAAUGACCAUACUGUACUGUCCCUGGCUUGUGCAGGGGGUCAUCUGGCAGUGGUGGAACUACUUUUGGCUCACGGGGCAGAUCCUACUCACCGUUUAAAAGAUGGUUCAACUAUGUUGAUAGAAGCGGCAAAAGGUGGCCAUACAAGUGUUGUUUGCUAUCUUUUGGACUAUCCUAAUAACUUGCUUUCAGCCCCUCCACCAGAUGUCACUCAGUUAACUCCCCCAUCCCACGAUUUAAAUAGGGCUCCUCGUGUGCCAGUUCAAGCACUGCCCAUGGUUGUCCCACCCCAGGAGCCUGACAAACCACCUGCCAAUGUUGCCAGUACUCUUCCCAUCAGGAAUAAAGCUGCUUCUAAACAAAAGUCCAGCAGCCAUUUGCCAGCAAACAGCCAGGAUGUACAGGGUUACAUCACCAAUCAGUCUCCAGAGAGCAUUGUAGAAGAGGCUCAGGGAAAGUUAACAGAACUGGAACAGAGGAUAAAAGAAGCCAUAGAAAAGAAUGCACAGCUGCAGUCCUUGGAACUGGCUCACGCUGACCAACUUACCAAGGAGAAGAUCGAGGAGCUGAACAAAACGAGGGAGGAGCAAAUUCAGAAGAAACAAAAGAUCUUGGAGGAGCUACAGAAAGUAGAAAGAGAAUUACAACUGAAAACUCAACAGCAGCUAAAAAAGCAGUAUCUAGAGGUUAAAGCUCAAAGAAUUCAACUUCAGCAGCAGCAGCAACAGUCUUGCCAACACCUGGGACUGCUAACUCCUGUUGGGGUUGGAGAACAGCUUUCCGAGGGAGACUAUGCACGCUUACAGCAAGUGGAUCCCAUUUUGCUUAAAGAUGAACCCCAGCCUAAUGCUGCUCAGAUGGGUUUUGCACCAAUCCAGCCUCUGGCGAUGUCUCAAGCUUUGCCUCUGGCGGCAGGUCCCUUACCUCCAGGGUCCAUCGCAAAUCUUACAGAACUGCAAGGAGUGAUAGUUGGACAGCCAGUACUGGGCCAAGCACAGUUGGCAGGGCUGGGGCAAGGAAUUCUGACAGAAACACAACAAGGGUUAAUGGUAGCCAGCCCUGCUCAGACCCUCAAUGACACGCUGGAUGACAUCAUGGCAGCAGUCAGUGGAAGAGCAUCUGCAAUGUCCAACACUCCUACCCACAGUAUCGCUGCUUCCAUUUCCCAACCUCAGACUCCAACUCCAAGUCCUAUCAUCUCUCCUUCAGCCAUGCUUCCUAUCUACCCUGCCAUUGAUAUUGAUGCACAGACUGAGAGUAACCAUGACACAGCACUAACACUUGCGUGUGCUGGUGGCCAUGAGGAACUGGUACAAACUCUGCUAGAGAGAGGAGCUAGUAUUGAGCACCGAGACAAGAAAGGUUUUACUCCACUCAUCUUGGCUGCUACAGCUGGUCAUGUUGGUGUUGUGGAAAUAUUGCUGGAUAAUGGUGCAGACAUUGAAGCCCAGUCAGAAAGAACCAAGGACACACCACUGUCCUUGGCUUGUUCUGGGGGAAGACAGGAGGUGGUGGAGCUGCUGUUAGCUCGAGGGGCAAAUAAAGAACACAGGAAUGUUUCUGAUUACACACCUCUAAGCCUGGCUGCUUCUGGUGGCUAUGUGAACAUCAUCAAAAUAUUACUAAAUGCAGGAGCCGAGAUUAAUUCUAGAACUGGUAGCAAAUUGGGCAUUUCUCCUCUGAUGUUAGCAGCGAUGAAUGGACACACAGCAGCUGUUAAGCUCCUGUUAGACAUGGGCUCUGACAUAAAUGCUCAAAUAGAAACCAAUCGGAACACUGCCCUUACCUUAGCCUGCUUCCAAGGAAGAACGGAAGUGGUUAGUCUUCUGCUUGAUAGAAAAGCAAACGUUGAACACAGAGCUAAGACUGGCCUCACACCACUAAUGGAAGCUGCCUCCGGUGGAUAUGCAGAGGUGGGCCGAGUUCUUUUGGAUAAAGGUGCUGAUGUUAAUGCCCCUCCGGUACCCUCCUCGAGAGACACAGCUUUAACCAUAGCAGCAGAUAAAGGACAUUAUAAAUUCUGUGAGCUUCUUAUUGGCAGGGGAGCUCAUAUUGAUGUGCGUAACAAGAAGGGGAACACUCCGUUGUGGCUGGCAGCAAAUGGUGGACACCUAGAUGUGGUCCAGUUACUAGUACAAGCAGGUGCAGAUGUGGAUGCAGCAGAUAACCGCAAGAUAACUCCUCUUAUGGCAGCAUUUAGAAAGGGUCAUGUGAAGGUGGUACGCUACUUAGUCAAAGAAGUCAAUCAGUUUCCAUCAGAUUCUGAGUGUAUGAGAUACAUAGCAACCAUCACUGAUAAGGAGAUGCUGAAGAAGUGUCAUCUCUGUAUGGAAUCAAUAGUACAAGCCAAAGAUAGACAGGCUGCCGAAGCAAACAAAAAUGCCAGCAUUUUGUUAGAGGAGUUAGACUUGGAAAAGUUACGGGAAGAAAGCCGGAGGCUGGCUUUGGCUGCCAAAAGAGAAAAGAGAAAGGAGAAGAGAAGAAAGAAAAAGGAAGAACAAAGAAGAAAACUAGAAGAAAUCGAAGCCAAGAAUAAAGAGAAUUUUGAACUCCAAGCUGCUCAAGAGAAAGAAAAGCUUAAAGUUGAAGAUGAGCCUGAAGUCUUGACUGAGCCUCCAAGUGCCACAACCACUACUACCAUAGGUAUAUCUGCAACCUGGACAACUUUGGCAGGUUCCCAUGGUAAAAGAAAUAAUACCAUAACUACAACUAGUUCGAAGAGGAAAAACAGGAAAAAUAAAAUUACUCCAGAAAAUGUUCAAAUUAUAUUUGAUGAUGAUCCACUACCAAUUUCAUACAGUCAGCCAGAAAAAGUGAACGGCGAAUCCAAGAGCAGCAGUACCAGUGAGAGUGGGGACAGUGAUAAUAUGAGGAUUUCCAGCUGCAGUGAUGAAAGUAGUAACAGCAACAGCAGCCGGAAAAGUGACAAUCAUUCACCAGCUGUGGUCACCACCACUGUGACCAGCAAGAAGCAGCCAUCAGUUCUGGUUACAUUUCCAAAGGAGGAGAGAAAAUCUGUUUCUGGCAAGACUUCAGUAAAAUUGUCAGAGACUAUCAAUGAAGUGACCAGUAAUUCUCUGUCCACUUGCACAAAAUCUGGUCCAUCUCCCCUUUCCUCUCCAAAUGGGAAGUUAACAGUAGCAAGUCCUAAGCGUGGACAAAAGAGGGAAGAAGGAUGGAAAGAAGUUGUAAGAAGGUCAAAGAAAGUAUCUGUUCCAUCGACUGUGAUAUCCAGAGUGAUUGGAAGAGGAGGCUGUAAUAUCAAUGCCAUUCGAGAGUUCACUGGUGCACACAUAGAUAUUGACAAGCAGAAAGACAAGACGGGAGACCGGAUUAUAACUAUAAGGGGUGGCACUGAGUCAACAAGACAAGCAACUCAGUUAAUCAGUGCUCUGAUCAAGGAUCCAGACAAAGAAAUUGAUGAACUUAUUCCAAAGAACCGUUUGAAAAGCUCCUCUGCAAAUUCCAAAAUAGGGUCAUCAGCACCUACCACCACUGCUGCUAACAGUUCCCUAAUGGGAAUUAAAAUGACAACUGUAGCUCUCUCAUCAACAUCUCAGACUGCCACAGCACUCACUGUGCCUGCAAUUUCUUCUGCAUCCACUCACAAAACCAUUAAGAACCCAGUGAAUAAUGUGAGGCCUGGUUUUCCAGUUUCUCUACCAUUAGCAUAUCCUCCUCCACAGUUAGCACAUGCUUUGCUUGCUCAGACUUUCCAGCAGAUCCGGCCACCAAGGUUGCCCAUGACCCACUUUGGAGGUACUUUUCCACCAGCUCAGUCCACUUGGGGUCCUUUUCCUGUCAGGCCUUUGAGCCCUGCCAGAGCUACUAACUCGCCUAAGCCUCACAUGGUGCCUCGCCAUAGCAAUCAGAAUAGCAGUGGUUCUCAGGUGAAUUCAGCAGGUUCUUUAACUUCAAGUCCAACAACUACAACCAGUUCAUCAGCUUCAACGGUGCCUGGUACAUCCACAAAUGGCAGUCCAAGUUCACCUUCAGUCAGAAGGCAGCUCUUUGUUACAGUUGUGAAGACAUCCAAUGCCACCACCACAACAGUCACAACCACAGCAAGCAACAACAGCACUGCACCCACAAAUGCCACAUAUCCUAUGCCUACUGCCAAAGAACACUACCCAGUAUCAUCCCCAUCUUCCCCAUCUCCACCAGCUCAGCCAGGAGGGGUUUCUAGAAACAGCCCAUUGGAUUGUGGAACAGCAUCUCCAAAUAAAGGAGCAUCUUCCUCUGAACAAGAAGCAGGUAGUCCACCAGUAGUAGAAACAGCAAACGGUAGACCAAACAACAGCACUUCUUCUGGGAGUUCAUCAGUUCAUUCUAACCAACAGCAGCCUCCGGGAUCUGUUUCUCAGGAGCCAAGGCCACCUCUCCAGCAGUCUCAGGUUCCUGCCCCGGAAGUCAGAAUGACUGUUCCUCCUUUAGCAACAAGUUCUGCUCCAGUGGCGGUGCCUUCUACUGCCCCAGUGACUUACCCUAUGCCUCAGACACAAGUGGGAUGUUCCCAGCCUGCUCCUAAAAUGGAAACCCCUGCUAUUAGACCACCCUCUCAUGGCACAACUGCCCCUCACAAGAAUCUAGCUCCAGUGCAGAAUUCAUCUGUUGCAGUCCUCAGUGUCAAUCACAUUAAAAGACCUCACAGUGUUCCCUCUUCUGUCCAGCUACCUUCGACCUUAAGUACACAAAGUGCUUGUCAGAAUUCAGUACAUCCAGCAAAUAAGCCUAUUGCUCCGAAUUUCAGUGCCCCCUUACCAUUUGGGCCCUUUAGCACAUUGUUUGAAAACAGCCCUACUUCUGCUCAUGCCUUCUGGGGAGGAUCUGUUGUUUCAUCUCAGUCAACACCAGAAUCUGUGCUAUCAGGAAAAUCCUCAUAUUUGCCAAAUUCAGAUCCUUUACAUCAGCCUGAUACUUCCAAAGCUCCAGGUUUCAGACCACCAUUACAGAGACCCGCUCCAAGUCCCUCAGGUAUUGUCAAUAUGGAUUCACCAUAUGGUUCUGUAACACCUUCUUCUACACAUUUGGGAAACUUUGCCUCAAACCUUUCAGGAGGUCAAAUAUAUGGACCUGGCGCACCCCUUGGAGGAGCACCCACAGCUGCUAACUUUAACAGACAACAUUUUUCCCCACUUAGUUUGUUGACUCCAUGUUCAUCAGCAUCAAACGAUUCCCCUGCACAGUCAGUAUCCGCUGGAGUGCGUGCACCAUCUCCUGCCCCAUCAUCAGUACCAUUAGGGUCAGAAAAGCCCAGCAAUGUUUCUCAGGACAGGAAAGUUCCAGUCCCUAUUGGGACUGAACGUUCUGCUCGUAUCAGGCAAACUGGAACUUCAGCUCCAUCUGUUAUUGGGAGUAAUUUGUCCACAUCAGUAGGGCAUAGUGGCAUCUGGUCCUUUGAAGGGAUUGGUGGCAAUCAAGACAAAGUAGACUGGUGUAACCCUGCCAUGGGAAACCCUAUGAUUCAUAGGCCAAUGUCUGAUCCAGGAGUGUUUUCACAGCAUCAAGCAAUGGAGCGAGAUAGUACAGGAAUUGUAACUCCUUCUGGUACAUUCCAUCAGCAUGUUCCUGCAGGAUACAUGGACUUCCCUAAAGUUGGGGGUAUGCCUUUUUCUGUGUAUGGGAAUGCAAUGAUUCCUCCAGUAGCACCGAUCGCUGAUGGUGCUGGAGGACCCAUAUUUAAUGGCCCUCAUGCUGCAGACCCCUCUUGGAACUCGCUGAUUAAGAUGGUUUCCAGCUCCACGGAAAAUAAUGGCCCUCAAACGGUGUGGACUGGACCCUGGGCACCUCACAUGAAUAGUGUGCAUAUGAACCAGCUUGGCUGAUGAAGAUCAGUUUGUUAGCCUGCAGAUCCUUUUCAUUCAGAGGAAAUCACAAGUGGCCGAAAAAAAUUUACGCUCCCAAAUCAUUCUACUGAUGUGCUUGACUGAAGUGUGUAGGCUUUUUGCAGAAGAACUUACUAACUGACCUAUUUUCUGUGAACAUUUGUGACUGCCCAUUCCCCAUUGUCAUCCGUUUUACCUUAGUUAGCAUUUUUCUUAUCAUUUUUCUUUUUUUCUUUCCCUCUUCCCUUUUGGACAUAACUUUCUGUUGAAGCUGUUCUUUGGCUGGUUGGUUUUAGUACUGUAAACUGCUUCUGAGCAAACACGGAAAUUUAGCAAAAUUAUGUAAACUUGAUCCUGAAGUUUUAGAAUGGCAAAUAAAUGUACAAUUGUUUACAUAACAAACAGAAAAGGCUAAGCAGAAAGUAAAUUUCAGUAUGUCAGUAUAGAGGCUCUACUUUAUGUAGACUUAAAUUAAUGUGAGAUAUGUACCUUCAUAUUCAGAAAUCUGGAUGUUUCCUUCAUACAUUAAACUAUUAAUAAGCA